UUGGCAGAUGAGCUUUUGUCUCACUGUGUAAAACAGCACAGAGGAAGUGACUCCAGGCUACAGUGGCACUUGGCUGCUUCCCCUUUUUAUCCUCUGCUCUUUCAGCUGGGCUUCUUUCUGUGUGUGUCUCAAACCCUUGGCUGACAUCAUGGAUAACUUGAGGACUGUCUGGCGUUUCUUCAUGGACCAGAAAUCCACCAUUGGCUACAGCUUCAUGGCUCUGCUGACUGUAGGCGGGGAGCGAGUUUUCUCCAUGGUCUCCUUCCAGUGUCCCUGCAACCACGACCAGAACUUUGCUUAUGGUUUGACGUUUCUGCUGGGUCCGGCCGCAGUGCUGCUGGUCUUUGGCUUUUUGUCCAGCACCAGAUUUUGGAGGCUCUACACCGGGUGCUGCCUCGAUCCCAUGAAGCUUUGCCCCCGUGGGAACUGUUUGGGCUGUUUCAGGGUGUUCCUGAGCGUUUUUACUGGGGCUUGUGUGGCUCCUGUGAUGUGGCUCUCUGUGGCCCUGCUCAAUGGAACCUUUUAUGAGUGUGCUGUCAGCGGUCUUGAUGAUAAUCUGGUGGUCAAUCUCUUCUGUAAAAACAAGACUCUGACGUGUCGGGAGGAACUGGCCCGGGUGCCCUGUGACCGGUCCAAACUGUCUAGUAAUGAGCGCAUGGAGCUGCUACUAAUGCUCAGGUCCCAGUCUCAGAUUCUCGGCUGGUGCAUUAUCAUUAUCACAGCUACUGUCGGCCUUCUGGGGACCUGCUGCAAAAACUGUCGCUCCAAAGUGAGCUACCUGCAGCUUAAAUUUAGGAAAAUCUACAUAGAGAAAGAAAAGGAACGCUUUGAUGCCUUCGCUUUAGAGUACGCCACCAAACUGGCUGAGAGAAACCUGCAGAGCUUCUUUGAGAACAAGAAGCCUCAGCCGUUCCCUUUUCCCAACCACAAAGCCUGGGAAGAGAUCUCUGCGCACUACACGUUUUCCAGGAGCGAGCAGUAUUACAGCAGCCUGCAGCGCUACGUGGAGAGAGGAGACAGGGACUUCACACCGGAGGAGAGACCUGUCAUGGACUUGGAGUACGGGAUAGAGAUGAACUAGAAAGCAUCUGCCAGCAGAUGUUCAGGGAACUGACCGAUGAUGAAGAGACUGUAUCUUCUUCAUCACUGUUUUUGUUCAGGACUCUAUUGUGUGUGCAAGUCUGACCGAGGGAAAGCUGGCACAGCUGCCUCAGUGUGUUAAACAAUGAAUGUGGGCUUUAAAAGACUGAUAUACAACCUUCUCUAACACAUGAAGGUCAUAAGAGGUGUCAGGACCUGCUCAACUGUACAAAGGUGUCAGGAGCUAAGGCUGACAGGUAUAAAGAAGUCUGUAACACAGUGACGAGCUUUAUUACGACUUUUUAUUUAACUCUGUUUAAAUGUUAGCUUUGUUAGACCAGAACACCGUUCUAACCGUCGCUGUUUAAAGGGCUGCGUGGUGGGAAAGAGGCAGCAGGUGAGUGCAGGUGAGAACAGGUGCGGUGUUGUUAAUCACCGCAGAGCUUUGUUACACAACAAUUGGAGCAGCUUAACCAUCUUGUAGGUGUAAGUUUUAAAUGAAAACAAGCGUCUCAGGGUCCAGGAAGAGGCUCAGAUAACCUGCAGCAGAGGAGCCUCAGUAACAGGUCAGUUUUACUGAAGCCAGUAUGAAAGGCACAUGUUCAUGCCCACUGUCUAUACUUCAAAAUGUCAGUCUGUAAAAUAAAAACACUAAGAUUAAUGUGUUUCAAUAACCUGUUUCUGCCUCUGCACAUAAAUAUUAACUUGCUCACAGAUUCUGACUUUGAUGAGACUGGAUCCAUAAAGGUCACGUGACCAGUGAAGGAGUAAUGCACCACUCACAUAACAACAGAGAGAUUAUAUCAGCUCAGUCACUACAAAGACAUCACAGUUCAGACUCAUCCUCAUCAUGAGGAGUCCUUUGCUUCUAUAUAAGGCCCACGGCAAAUUAAAGGAAAACCACCUCAGUAUCAGUGCUCCUCUCCUGGAAGACCUGAUAUACAAUCCUUCAAAAAGCCCUUUCUUAAUUUGGUGUUUUCAUAGUGGUUCAGAGUGCUGUCAUAUUUAUCGUAUCAUAUCAUUUUCCUGGUCCACAGACAGCCCACAGUGGGUCAGAACAGUCCUUCUGUCAGUGUAUAUAUAUAAUAUAUAUUUUUUGUGUAUCUGUUGCUUGAUUCCUUUGUUAUAGUAUGGGACCAUGGGGGGGAGGUCUUUAUCAGUAGGUAAAGCUCAUGAAUAUACAGUUAAGUCAUAAAUUCAUGCCCUCCUUCACAUUUUACAAAGUUGUCCAGUGGCCAGAUUGGAGUCUUUGCCAGGCCAUUUCUGACUACUGAGCCUUAUGUUUAACACCCCUGCCUAAACUCAUUUAGUGUCACCUCCUGCCAUGUGGAUGGUGGUCUCCUCAUCCCAUCAAGACAGAAAUACUUCAUCAUGGGUUACAGGAAAUCAGAACAUUUGGUAUUAACAGCACAGCAGCUGCACUAUUAAAAACUGCUCGUCUGAGAGAUGCAGUCAACAAACACUUGAACUUCAGAGAGUCAAACUAUGCAGCUCAGCUUCAGCUCUUGUU